AUGACCGAUUGGGUAAGUAUUACAGAUCAAUUUGAAAGAGUUGAUGAAUACGAGAUAGAUGAUCAUCUUUUUGAAUUGUAUUCAGAAAGAUCACCUCCUGAUAAUUUGGGGUUUGUGAAUCGAAGUUCGAAUACUAUCACCAUAACAUUACCUCAAAGUAAUCUAGAUCUUACAAUUAAACAAUCACUUUCAGAAUUAUCUUCUAGUAAAGAAAGUUCUUCAACAGGAUUUAUAUGUUGGCAAUCUUCAGUAUAUUUUGUAGAUUGGCUCCUAUCCCAAAAAGAGUGUCCUUUUGCCAAAAUAUUCCAAUCAAAGAAUGAUAGAGUUAUAGUAGAACUUGGUGCUGGUGUUGCUGGUAUUUGCGCAUCGCUAUUAUCCUCCAAUGUUUCAAGAUAUAUUGCUACUGAUCAGAAACAUAUCUUGAAAUUAUUGAAAGAAAAUAUUGAAUCUAAUAUAAGUACUUCUAAAUAUAAAAGUUCGACAUUAGAUGCUCCUCCUGUGUCAAGGAGUGGUGGUGGUGGUAGUAAUAGUAUCGCAUCGAUCCCAAUUGUAGAUGUCUUAGAGUUUGAUUGGGAAGAUAUAGAUCAAGGAUUAUACAAUUACAAUCAACUUAUUCAAGGCAAUAAGAAGCCAGAUAUACUUAUUGCUUGUGAUACAAUCUAUAACGAAUAUUUGAUUCCUCAUUUCCUUAAUGGUUUACGAUCAUUAUUGAAUAAAAAUUCAAUUGCUUUAGUUGUAUUACAAUUAAGAGAUUCAAUAACAUUAGAAACAUUUGUUAAAGAGAUUGUUAUUCAACAGAAGUUGAAAUUGUAUUCAAUUCCAUUACAAAUGUUAAGUCAUUCAUUACAAUCUGGAUUUGUAAUUUAUUGUAUAACUUUAUAG